UUCUGUCUCUCCCUUUAUCAGUGGAGGAGCUGUCAUGUCGUGGGGAGGAGGUUUGGCGGUUGGAGGGGAGUGUGAGAGAAGGAAGACAGGCAGAGGAGAGGAGGAGGCUGACAGUGGAGAGGCUGAGAGGCAGUCUGCAGAGCUGAGACUGGCCUACAGCAGGCCAUGGAGAACACACUCAACACACAGAGAGACAACCACACAACACAGGAACAAGUGAAGACAUUGGAGGAGGAGAACAACUCAUUGACCAAUCAGGUGAGGACUUUGGAGGAGAAGUACAGCUCGUUGACCACUCAGCUGCUGAGUUCACAGAGCCGGGGCCAAGACAACGUCCAGCGGCUAGCCAAUCAGGAGGAGCGUCUGGUCGUACUGAGUACAGAGUCAGAGACGCUACAGGAGAAAUACAGCAGCAAGGUGCAGGAGCUGGACACACUGCGGUUGGAGGUGGAGGGGGCGUACUCUGACAACACACACCUCCGCCAGGAGAGCCAGGUGGUCAUGGCCACCGUCAAUCGCUGGGUCAAAGAGCAGAGGGUUGCCAGUGAGAGUCUAGCUGCUAAGAUCAGAGGUCAGAACAAGGUGCUGCUCAUCAUCAGUGAGGAGAAACAACAUCUUCAGGAGGCUAACAGGGCCCUAGAGGAGGAGCUGAGGAAAUUGGGAGAUGAGGGGGAGGAGAAGGAGAGAGAGAUGGAACGCUUAAAGCUGAGUGCUCUGGGAGGAGAGAACGAGAGAUUGCGUCUGCAGUUGGAGGAGGAGAGAGCAGAGCGCAGACGAGUGGAGCGACUGAUACCGCCAACCAACCACCGGAGGGGUACCUCCCUCCUUCCCGAUUCCCUCACCCACGGGUCUUCCUCCUCCCUUCCCUCCCUCACCCCCUCUCUGGAUAGAGACACAGGAUACCCUCCCCCUGCCUCCCACCUUUCCCCCUCCCCUUUUCACCACCCCCCCAGCCACAGCACCAGUCCCAGGCCAGGGGAGGACAGUGCCCUGACCCGAGCAGAGUUGAGCGUGGCUGGGCCGCGGGAGCCAGGCGAGGCCCAGGCUGUUAAUGAGGCCUACUGGGUGAGGAGGGUGGGAGAACUAUCAGUACAGUUGCAGGACAGAGAGCUCUACUGGUCAGGUAGGAUCAACCACCUCGCUACAGAGAUACGACAGACUAAGGACGCUUCGCCCCUCACCUGA